AUGGCUCAGAGCAUGACCAAGCGCCCAAUGAAGGGAAUGCUUACUGUAUUGGCCCUGUUACCAUUCUCAACUGGUCCUUUGUUCGAAAUGACCAGCCAAGAUUGCUUGGCUAUCAAGGACGAAGUAGAGGAUCUUGAGAAAGGUGGCAUCAAUGUCAUCCAAAUCAAUGAGCCAGCUUUGAGAGAGGGCUUGCCUCUCAGAAAGGCUGAGCAUGCUUUCUACUUGAACUGGGCUGUCCGCUCCUUCAGAAUCACCAACGUCGGUGUUCAAGACACUACCCAGAUCCACACCCACAUCUGCUACUCCAACUUCAACGAUAUUAUCCAUUCCAUCAUUGACAUGGAUGCCGAUGUGAUCACCAUUGAGAACUCACGAUCUGAUGAGAAACUCCUGUCAGUCUUCUGUGAGGGAGUGAAGUAUGGUGCCGGUAUUGGCCCUGAAUACCAUCAACAGAGGAUUGCUGACCGAAUUAACAAGAUGCUUGCUGUGCUUGAAGCCAACAUUUUGUGGGUCAACCCCGACUGUGCCCUUAAGACUCACAAAUACGCUGAAGUUAAACCAGCUCUCCAAAACAUGGUUGUUGCUGCCAAGCUCCUCCACACCCAGCUUGCCAGUGCCAAGUGA